GGCCAAAGAGGGUCAAGGGACCGUUCUCCCGUGGACCUGCGCCCCACCGAAAAAAUGACUCUACCUGGACGACUUCCCCGCGUCGCUUUCGUCUCCGGCUGUCCGAGGGCGAACAGAGGGGUGAGCGCGUGCAGGUCCGGACCUCGGGCAUCCGUGCGCUUGAGGCGGUGAAGGAAGUUCGGGGGAGGGUCCCGUCAGUACAAGAGGUGGGAAGGAGACUGAGCCCUGUUUCUGAACUGAGCCUUCUCAGCGUGGCGCUCGGGGGCGGAGAUGCGGGCUCCUGAAAAGGCCGGCCAAGGAGGUGGACUUCACCUCGAGGGCAGCGAGAGCCAGGGAAGGUUUUGAACAGAAUUUUGACAUCUUCUGUGUUGGGAUUUUAAAACCUCUAUUCCACCGUUUGUUUCAUGGGAGUGUUGGUGUGAAUGCAAGAGGUUACUGCCACAGUCGGGGGAGCAGUGGUUGCCUGGGCUACAGGGGGCAGUUGAACCCCGGUACCGCUGCUGCUGUCAGGUAUGGGAUGUGAGCGAGUGUUGUGACUAAGAAACGCCGGGUUCAGGCGGCGCCUGUGGCUCAGUGAGUAGGGCCCCAUGUACCGAGGGUGGCGGGUUCAAACCAGGCCUCGGCCAAACUACAACAAAAAAAUAGCUGGGCGUUGUGGCGGGUGCCUGUAGUCCCAGCUACUCGGGAGGCUGAGGCAAGAGAAUCGCCUAAGCCCAAGAGUUGGAGGUUGCUGUGAGCUGUGAUGCCAUGGCACUCUACCGAGGGCGACAAAGUGAGACUCUGUCUCUCAAAAAAAAAAAAAAGAAAGAAAGAAACGCCGGGUUCUUCAGCCUGAGCACCUAGAGAAAAGGAACUGCUGUAGACAGAGAGGAGGAUGUGAAGUACACCGGCUUUCACUCAGGGGAAGCAUAAGGAUUCUGUGGCAUCCAGGAAUGGAGAGGUCCCUGGACCUGAUGUCGUUGGCAUUCUGGGCCAAAGCAGUGCCUAUGAAUUACACUGAGGAGAGGGUGAUGGCAGGGCCUGGGCCAGGGAUAGACAGUUAGGGCUUGAGGUGAGAAGUGUGUGUUGGGGUGCCUGCAGAUAUGGCAGGGUUGAGGGAGGGGAGGGUGGCAGCAGAGUAGAAAGAAACUGAGGGGCACUGGUGUGAAAGGUGCAAAGGAUUGACUUCCAUGUGUUCACCAGGUCCUUGGGGUCACCCCCCUGGUCGGAAUCAUUUAGUCCCACAGGCUGGAGGAGCAACGUGGAAAUGGCCUGAUGGCCUUCGAGGAUGUGGCCGUGUACUUCUCCCAGGAGGAGUGGGGGCUCCUGGACACAACCCAGAGGGCCUUAUACCGCCAGGUGAUGCUGGAAAACUUCACACUUGUGGCCUCAUUGGGACUCUCCACCUCCCGACCUCGUGUGGUUGUCCAACUGGAGCGAGGCGAAGAGCCCUGGGUUCCCAGGAGGAGUGACUCUACCCCAGCCAGGAACGCACAGGGGAAGCACAACCCUGGUUCCUGGCAUUUGGCAGAGGACAGAGAUGUUUCCGGAGAAGCAGCCUCACCAGGGGCCUUCCCUGUUAUUGGUGCCUGGCACAGUGCAGAAAGCCAGGGGGGAGAACAGGGUGCCUCCCCGUCACAAGAGCGAAAACCCACAGGGGUGUCGAUGGUCUACUGGGAGAGUCUCCUGCUCAGCUCAGGCACUGGCCAGGCAAGCGUCAGCCUGCGACUAACAUCCCCCUUGCGGCUUCCUUGCCGCACUGAGCCAAGGAUGCAGCCCCAGCGGCUGGAGCAGCUGGAGCAGCAGAAGCUAUCUGCCCGGGAGGCCCCUGGGAGACCUUUCCGGAGGGUCCCGGACCCGAGGGCUGUUAGCAGUACCCAGGAACGCAGAGUGGGUGCGGAGUGGCUCAAACCCCAGAGACUGCUCAGCGACCAGGCACCUCCAACCUGGGAUGAACUGGGCGAGGCUCUGAACACUGGCCCCGGCCUCCCUGGGGAGAAGUCCUUCGAAUGCAGGGCAUGCAGCAAAGUGUUCGUGAAGAGCUCCGACCUCCUCAAGCACCUGCGCACCCACACUGGGGAGCGCCCGUACGAGUGCGCACAGUGCGGCAAGGCCUUCAGCCAGACCUCGCACCUGACGCAGCACCAGCGUAUCCACAGCGGCGAGACGCCCUACGCGUGCGCAGCAUGCGGCAAGGCCUUCCGGCACAGCUCUUCACUGGUGCGGCACCAGCGCAUCCACACGGCGGAGAAGGCCUUCCGCUGCAGCGAGUGCGGCAAAGCCUUCAGUCACGGCUCCAACCUCAGCCAGCACCGCAAGAUCCACGCGGGCGGGCGGCCCUAUGCCUGUGGGCAGUGCGGCCGCCGCUUCUGCCGCAACUCACACUUGAUCCAGCAUGAGCGCACGCACACGGGAGAGAAGCCCUUUUCCUGCGCACUCUGUGGUGCUGCCUUCAGUCAGGGCUCCUCGCUCUUUAAGCACCAGCGAGUGCACACGGGGGAGAAGCCCUUCUCUUGCCCACAAUGUGGGCGUGCCUUCAGCCAUAGCUCCAACCUCACACAACACCAGCUGCUGCACUCAGGCGAGCGGCCCUUCCGCUGCACGGACUGUGGCAAGGCCUUUGCUAAGGGAGCCGUGCUGCUGAGUCACCGGCGCAUCCACACUGGCGAGAAGCCUUUUGUGUGCACACAGUGUGGCCGCGCAUUCCGGGAGCGCCCGGCACUCUUCCACCACCAGAAGAUCCACACUGGCGAGAAGGCUGUGCGGCGGCCUAGGGCCAGCCGACAAUCUCUGUCCAAGCCUCCUUUAGCAACUUCAUCAACAGUAUUGAGGAGGGAAGCAGAUUCCAGUGCUGCCCCUGCCUCAGGCCCAGCUGCUGUCCCCAAUUUAGCUGAAGCCUGAG